AUGUUGUCUUCAAACUUGUUACUCUUCUCUCUAGCUAUAUUAAUCAUUACACUCCUCCGAAUACCAAAUAUUGCUUAUGCAUCUUUGGAGGAAACCAAUGCUUUACUUGAAUGGAAAUCAAGCCUUCAAAUCCCCAGCAACUCCUUGCUCUCUUCAUGGAUUCCCCUCCCUAUGAAUUCCAGUGCAUCAGUUCCAUCCACUUCUUGGUUUGGAGUAGUUUGCAUUGCUGAUUGGAGCAUUCAGAGUGUUAACAACUUCUUUGGCCCCAUCCCACCAGAAAUCAGACUCCUAACAAAACUUGUAUAUCUUGAUUUAUCAUUGAAUAAGUUUUCUGGAAUAAUCCUAUCUGAAAUAGGAAAUUUGCACCAGCUAACCAUCUUGUACAUAUACUCAAACAAUAUAUCUGGAUCAAUACCUAUUGAACUUGGGAAUUUAAAGUCUCUCACUGAACUUGAGGUGAGCAACAAUCAACUUAAUGGUUCAAUUCCUUCAUCACUAGGAAACCUGGACAAUGUACAACGCCUGAUCCUCAAGGAUAAUAACUUUUCUGGUCCCAUUCCUACUGAACUUGGGAAUUUGCAGUCUCUCACUCAUCUUGGGGUGAGCAACAAUCAACUUAGUGGUUCUAUUCCUUCAUCAUUAGGUGGUUUGACUUCUUUAAUUGCCCUUUAUAUGCAUUACAAUCAGCUUUCUGGUCCCGCUCCUAUCCAAAUUGUGAAUUUGAAAUCUCUUAGUGAUCUUAGGAUGAACAACAAUCAAAUUAGUGGUUUUAUUCCUCCCGGAGUUUGGAAAUUCAACUAA